UCCUUUUAUAAAUCAAUUCCAUAACCAAUAGACUAAAGUUUCUGCAAGUUUUUUGUUCUUCUGUCUAUUUACUCAAAUCUGUGUAAGGAAAGAAAAAAAUGGCUAGGACGGUGGCAAGGAGUAUUGCAGCUCCAUUACUGUUUCUUAACUUACUAAUGUAUUUAAUAGUAUUGGGUUUUGCUAGUUGGUGUCUCAACAGGUACAUUAAUGGCCAAACAAAUCAUCCUAGUUUUGGUGGAAAUGGAGCGACAAUGUUCUUCCUAGUAUUCGCGAUACUGGCGUCUGUUUUGGGAAUAAUAUCAAAGCUUAUGGGUGCAAAUCAUCUAAGGGCAUGGAGAAACGAUAGUCUUGCUGCUGCUGGUUCCUCAGCUACUGUUGCUUGGGCUGUCACUGCACUAGCUUUUGGGUUGGCAUGCAAGGAGAUAAAUAUAGGAGGGUGGAGAGGAUGGAGGCUUCGAGUACUUGAAGGAUUCACUAUAGUUUUAGCAUUUACUCAACUUCUCUAUCUCCUCAUGCUUCAUGCCGGAAUGUUCAGCAGCCGCUACGGUCCCGGCUACCGUGAAACUGAUCAAUAUGGUGGCGCGGCCGGUGGACAUCCGGUCGGAGAGAAGGGUGUAGGCAUACCUACAAGUACAACAGCGGUGUAAUGAAGUGGUACUUUGUAUUUUGAUAGAAUGUGAGUAUGGUUAUGUUAGCAGAAUAUUUAGGGAAAGGUUUUGGGCCUCCUCUAGUGUGUAAAUUAUGUGUUUCUAUAAGCUUUUGGGUAUAAAGUUGACUCUUUAUGUUUUA